AUGCCGUCGCCGCAGUCCCACCACACGAAGCUUAUCGUCCGCCGACGACGACCAUCUUGUUCGAAUGGUCUCUUUGCUUGUCUGCUGCAGCUCACUCACUCCCUUCGGUUCUCCAGAUCUUCGACAAGACGCCACAUGUCGUCACAAAUGGUAGCGCGAGAAAGCGACCCGUGGCGACAACAGAGCCGACCGGGCGCCGGCUACAGCGUCUACGGUCUGUGCGAGACGCAGAGCUCCGCGGAGUUCUGGCUGUUCGCUCCGCUGAUCGCGCUGGGUCGUGCCGAGAGCGUGCACGUGCAGAUCAACUUCAUGAUGCGGAGCUGCGAGGACCACGAGGUGGCCGACUCUCGUAACGGCAGUUGCAGGGAGAGCUUCGACGUGUUUCUGCAGCAGGAGGCGCUGCACGCCGACAUGGACGACGCCGCCGUGCCCAAGACGCAGUCUUUCAAGAAACUCGCCACCAUUUCCUCCGACCGCAAGUGGAGUUCAAAGCAUCCGACCGACGAAGGCACCGUCACCAGUUGGCUCAUCCGCUUUCGACCAAUAAGAAGUGCGUCCAGUGGUUCAAUCUACUCUUGA